AUGGGUCUUUGGGAUUCCUUCCUCAAUUGGCUCCGCAGCUUGUUUUUCAAACAGGAGAUGGAACUUUCCCUCGUUGGCCUUCAGAAUGCUGGGAAGACUUCGCUUGUCAAUUCAAUUGCUACUGGGGGCUACAGCGAGGACAUGAUUCCAACUGUUGGGUUCAACAUGAGAAAAGUGACCAAGGGAAAUGUGACGAUAAAGCUUUGGGACCUUGGUGGACAGAGGAGGUUCCGAACCAUGUGGGAGCGAUACUGUCGCGGUGUCUCUGCCAUUGUGUAUGUUGUAGAUGCUGCUGAUAGAGACAGUGUUCCAAUAUCUCGAAGUGAGUUACAUGAGCUAUUGACGAAACCUUCUUUGGGCGGGAUUCCUUUGCUUGUUCUUGGAAACAAAAUUGACAAGUCAGAAGCUCUUUCUAAGCAAGCAUUGGUCGAUCAGCUAGGACUUGAGUCAAUUAAAGACAGAGAGGUCUGCUGCUAUAUGAUCUCGUGCAAGGACUCUGUAAACAUAGAUGUGGUUAUUGACUGGCUAAUCAAACACUCAAGAACUGCAAAAUGA